AGGGCCCGAGAAAACAGCACUAAGUCGGCACCCUUCCUAUUUCUCAACUCCGUAUCUGCAUCUGACAACUCGAUCUAUAUUUAAAUUCUAAGCAACUCCUGUAUCUCUCCUAAGACACCCAGCAGGCGAAAAAACUAGAGGACUGGAGGGAGCUGCCGGGGCUCUGUAAUAGUAGAUAUCUGAGAUAACUUAUCAUCGCCAUCCAACAAAAAAUUACAAUGCUGAGGGUGUCAUCCAUGUAUAGCAUGAAGAAAUCACGUUUCUGUCGUAAGUCGUCGAGCUCUAAGAAGAGGGAUGUGAUCUCUGCUUUGCCGGAUGAAAUUAUUAUCCAUAUUCUCUCCUUCUUGACCCCUAAAGACGCAGCGAUAACCAGUUUACUCUCACGGAGAUGGAGGAAUCUAUGGACAUUUAUACCUAAUCUUAACUUUAAUGUUAAUCACAUGGCCCAUCCUGAUCCGUGGAUGAGAAGAAGAGAUUUCGUAAGAAUGGUGAGUAAUGUAUUGUCUUUACACAGUGGCCAAAAUAUAAACAAGUUUUGGAUUUGUUAUGAGCUGGACUGCAGGUCUGGUCGCUAUAUCGAUAAAUGGAUUUCUUUCGCAAUAGAAAGAAAGGUUGAAAACCUUAUUCUGGACUUGACAGAAGAACAGGAAAUUGACGUGGAUACCGAGAUGUACACAUUCCCGUGUUUCUUCUUUUCUGAUGAGAAAGCCUUGUCCUCUAUCAAAUACUUGCGUAUAGCAGGAUGUAUAUUACAUCUUCCUCCCUAUUUCAGCAGUUUGAAGUCUCUGGUAGAGCUUUCUUUAACGUAUGUAAUGGUCACUGAAAAUGAGCUUAACAAGUUAUUAUCUAGCUGCUUACUUCUUGAAAGAUUCUCUGUUGGCAAUGUCCCCAAGUUGGUUAAUUUAAAAGUUUCUGGCCCAUCCCUUCGGCUGAGGUACUUGGAAGUAUCUCAUUGCCGUUCUUUGGAUAACAUUGAGAUAUGGGCAGCAAACCUUGUCUCCUUUAUAUAUAGGGGCAGAAAGGUUAACUUUUCACUCAAUUGUGUACCUCAACUUGAAGAUGCAAUCAUUGACAUUUACGAUUCAACUUUCGAUUACGUUGCUAAUAUCUGCGACCAUCUUGCGUUCAAUGCCCCUCAGCUAAAAAGUCUUGGGCUCAGGAUUGUCCCUUUAGAGGUCAACACAAGUUUAACUGUCUUCCCCAGACUGGUUAAUCUUAAGGUAUUGACCCUUUUAGUUCAUGAAUACUAUGAUACCGCCUUGUGGUAUCUUCUGAGAGCAUCACCUUUCUUGCAAGUGCUCCAGGUGAAAUUUUUAUGGCGACUCAAAUCUCCAUUUAGGACUGGAGGAUGCAAAAAUAUAUUUUCUGGAUAUGGAACUGCAUUUACCCAUGAAUUUCUGAAGGAGGUUCAUAUGCUUGGUUUCCGAAGCCGCUUAGACGAUAUUGAGUUUGCAAGAUAUCUGCUUAAAAAUGCCACUGCGCUUAAUAUACUUGUAAUCGAUCCAUUCAUCCGGUAUCUCGAUGGUUGGGUUGAGAAAGAAAAUAAAGCAACGCGGAAAGCAAGAGAUGAGGCAAGGCGGCUCCUAAAAGAGGCUCCUGCAAAUGUCCAUCUAUUAAUCCUCUGAUCUCCAAGGACGAGUCCAGACUUCGGUGCCUGGGAGGGUGGACUUUGGCCCACAUUCAGAUUCUUCCGUGCUGAUCUCCCCGGGUUCUAGAGUGUUUCUAUUGUCUUGCUAUAUGCUAAGUCCACUGUUUAUAUGUGGCAUAGUUUUCAUAAAACUAGUUGUUGACGCUGACAUUAGCGGGAAACAUGACCGUACGUAUGCACUCAGCUUGUUUAUUAAUAUUUUAUUGCUGGCUCUUCUUCGUAGUUUGUC